UUGUUGACGGUUCAAACUUCCCCGACGACCACAUUUCCAGUUGUGACUAAGGUCGAUGACCUCAAGAAAGACACCAACUCCUUUUCCCUUUAUCUGGCAAACGCUAUUUUAGCAGCGUUGUUGUUUAUAGUCAUGAUCAUCCUCGCUGUGGUUUUGAUACUGCUUCGAGGUAGGUACUCGGAUUUUAUUUGCAUUUUCCUUUAAAUUCAACUUGACUUUAAGCCAUCUCUAUUAUCAAUGCAAUUUAGGGGCAGGCUUGAUUAACAUAUCAUUCAGUCAUGAUUCAACAACAAUUCUAGAGAUAUAUAUGAAUGUAAUUGGCAAAGAAACUAAAUGUUAGUAAAAGUAGUGAAAGAAGGUGAAAAAAUAAACAAAGGAAACAUUAAUAAUGGUAAAUAACUAAAAAAAAAUAAAAAAAACAGAAAGAUAAACCGAGUUGUGACGAAGAAAUGAAUUACACCCUCUAAGUCUAAAGUGUCCUGGACUUCAAUGUUAUGCUGCCUUGUAAACCUGAAUGGUUCUGAAGAAAAUCAUGCUUAAAGGAUCAUGAAAUUACGCUGCAAUAAAUCUGAGUAAAAUGACUGUCUUACAUGACGUGCUCAAAGGAAAUGGUUGGUCACAUCACCAGUAAGCUUCGCGACUACCUCUUGGCUGUCAAGUUGUUAAUUUGUUAACCCGAAGUACCAAGUGUAUGUAUGUGUUCUACUAAAAUGCUGCCGACAAAUCGGAAGUUUGGCGUCAUUUCGUUUUUCCAACAACCUAAAUUGAAACCUUUCGAAGAAAACAAAAGUUAUUUAUUUCUGUGUUUGCUGCUAACGGUGGUAUUUCAUCCAUCAGCCUCAAGAAUCAAAGUUGUCAAAACGUAAGUUGCUUCUUUGUCACUUUUAUUCGUCAUUUAUUCAGUCUGGUGCACAUAUAAAUUAAGGCCGAGUGUAUCUCUUAAACAAUACAUAAAAAUUAUUCGGAAGGAAUACAUUUUCUCUGUGACAUCCGUUUUAACUAUCCACUUGGUUUGUUUCCAGCCGUUUUGGGACGGUAGAAAACUUACCCAGAAAUGCAGAUACAGAUGGCUCUAUGCUUUAAAAAGUGACAAAAGUCAGAAAGCCGAUGUAGCUGUAUUCGCUUAAAAGCCUGUGGACAAGAGCUUAUAUAAUAUCAUAGAUUUGUGCUAUUCCCAUAUUUACUUACUUGGAAGCAGAAAUGCUCGAAAAAGAGAGCUUAUAAGUAUUGGUGAGACGAUUAUGGUGAUAUACUUAGGAGCACAAACAUUUAAUUAGCGUUUUUGAUAGGCUGAAACUAGUUUUCUCAUGUCUAUCUAUGCAGAAUUCGUCAUUCCUAUCGAGUUCAUUCCAUAGAAAAAUUGAAAAUUUCACGAAGGCGAUCGACUGUCACUAGUGCACGGGGAAACCAAGCUAUCUAUGAGAGAACAGUAUUAUAAUGCGUUACAUGGGAGUUUAGGCUCCGUUCUGGAACUCCGUAAAUAAUAAGGCAUAUAACCUCUAACCUUUGGUUAGUGUUGUUUGUGUUAUUUUUGUUCUCUGAUGGCGAUUCUAAGCCAUUUUGUUGGAUUUUAGCUGAGCUCUCAUUCAACUAUUGCCCACACUCAGAAGAAGGAAAGGAAGAAAGGCUUCUCCAGAACAACAGACUGACUCUCUCUCCAAAAUCUCGCGAUUCUCAGACUAAACCACGUCUUUUUGCUUCAAGGCUCUGCAUCACUAAAGCCAAAUACUUUUUGUUCAAGUUUAUCAAAAAAUAUUUCAUAAAAGUUCUGCCUUCGAGGGAACAAUUCAGCGAGAAUUUCAAAUAACCGGCCAAUGCGAAGCCAAUCGAGCUAGCAGCAAGAACUUCUCGUGCAAUUCGGCGACCGUUACGACACAGUCUACAUGGACUCGAGUCAAAUUCCCUGAGAGGGCAACCACAUGUCUGACUUACUAGACCGAGUACAUCACAUCGGCUUAUAAUACACACUUAUAAUAAGCAUUGUAAAAUCAUCCUUCUUUUUAGAGAUCUUGGGCCUCUGUAACUGAAGGUCACAGAAAGAGGUUUCCAAAGAAUGCUCUUAGGUUUUCUAAUAAGUUGAGUAAAUAUCACAUUCAUGAAUAUUCGCCAAAUAAAUAUGGGGUGCUGCUCGUUGUUCGUUGUUUAAAGUUUUAAAGGUUUGUUCGUCUUACUUUUGCCGUCAGUCUAAUUCCAUUUUUAGAAGUCAUUAAUAAUGAACAUGGACAUUUUCACUCUUUUCUUUUUGUUUUUGUUUGUUUGUUUAUUUGUUUGUUUUUAAUUUUUUCUCUCUUUCCACAGGAGUCAACGAGACUUUCAAGAGAGCUUAGCGUUAAAUACUUUGAAUAUUGAUGCCCGGCCAGAGUUUGCUUCGAGAAAUGGAACCGGGAUUGAGAGGCUCCGUACUGAACCGCUUGUCCAACAGGAGGGUGUGUACAUUGCCCUGUCUCCGGAGUCAAUGAUGGUAAUUAUACUUACAACAAAAUUAGAGUUUGUCAAUAUGAGCCUUAUUCAAAAAGGGACUAAAGGAUGUGCCAUACAUUGUACUUCCUUUUUUCAAUUUUUUAGCUGUUCUUCUUUGCUCUCUGCAUGUGCCCCUUUCCCUGCACUUAUAUUGCUACUCUGACGCACCUUGACUGUGGUCUUUUAACAUAAAACUUCCCAUAUUACAUAAGUUUUAUUGUUUUAUCCAUUUACCAUUAUUUUUCAUCAAUUUUUUCAUCCAUUUAAAUCCUUAUUUUCCUUUACAUCUGUUUCAAACUUCACCUGUUUGAUUAUGACCAUUUCGGGAAUGGCGGGUAAACGGGUCUCAUUUGGAAACAGGCAAUGAGUUUUAAGCGCAGUGUCUAACAAAACAUUCACUAUAAAUGUAUUUGAAUGAAUGUCUAAUUUUCACUUGGCAGUGAUUAUGGUUUCCUUCAAUUUUUUUUCGUUUGCACCGGCGAUUUUAGUCGUGUUUUCCAGCAUUACCAAGCCUGCCAAGUCGAUAAUAACACAAUUUUUGUAACAUAUAAAACUGAAUAUUUUGCAGACCUCUGAAAACGAUGGUUCCCGAACGUACACUUCCCUUGUGAAAUCAACAGAAGACAGCGACAUUGAAUAUGUGAAUCAAAUAACUGCUGCUGAAUACGUAAAUGCUUAUUAA